AUGUUUGAAAUCCUAGAGCGUCCGAUUGAUUUUGGAUCUCCAGAUCUGGGGCCCCGGAGUUUUGGUUCCUUUGACGUCGUGUUGCUCCGGUGUUUCGACGAGGUGUUGGGAGACGGGGAAGAGACCUCUCUUGGUCUUGCUUUGGUGAGGAGUGGCGGUCGUAGGCUUUCUUUUCUUUGCCUUGGCGUCUCGGUAAAGGAGUGGCCCUCUUCAGCCCUCAAGGACGGACAUUGGUCUUCGUUUCUGAUGAGCACGCGGUGGUUUUCCGACCUCCUCUUCGUCCUUUGUCUUCCUCUCCCUUCGGUUUUGCUGGUGGUGAACUCCGUCUCCAGUUUUGCGCUUUCCUGGUGGGCGGUUUCAAGUUAUCAUGUUCUUCUUUGGCGCGUGGUCUUCGUCUAUCUCCGGCAGUCCUCGCUCAGGUCUUCGGUGCUCCCUAGUUUCACAGAGAUGGCGUACUUAGGCGUUCCUCCAUCCCAGUGGCAUGGCGGUCAGUUGGAUUGCUCUGUCAGGAGGUCUCCUUUUCUUUUCAGUACUCAGUACUUGUUCCCUUCCACCUUUGUCAAGACUGCUUCCUUUGCAGCCCGGUUUUAUGUGCUUAGUGGUCAGUAG